UGUAUAGCGUGUGUAACGUACCGGAAACUAAUGAGUUGCGUCGUUUCGUGUCCCGGCCUCCGUCAGCCGGCGGUCGUCUGCACUGCACCAUGCUGCGUCAUGAUGAUGAGGAGGCGGGGGCCUACACCCUGUACCUGGAACACCUGGGUGGACUGGUGCCAUUGCUUAAAGGCCGCAGAACAAGCAAGAUUCGACCUGAGUUUGUUAUAUUCGAUCCGCAAGCUGAAGAGGGCGCCAACGUGCCUGCACCUGCAACUCGAGAAUCAAGCAGCUCUAGUGCGGGUAGUUCGUCGAGUAGCAGCGGUGGGCGGGGCUACUCCUCCCCCCGCACUCCGCGCCACAACCGCGCACCCCCCUCUCCGCGAGACCGCUCCGUCCCGCCGCAUGAUGACUCGUGCUCCUCCGAUACCGAGAGAGAAGAGGCAGGUUGCUCUGGAUCGCCGCGGCUGCAGCGGAGACGACGUGCGAGAGAACGACGAAAAGCGCGCACUUCCACAGAUAAGGAAGAUAUGCCCAAUCAACUAGCAUACAUCGACUCAUUACCAGAAGAUGUUCGAUUAGUGGAAGUAACAUCUAAUAUUUGGGGAACGAAGUUUAAAAUGCACGGGUUAGCCAAAAAUGUUCCAGAUAAUCUUGGGCAAGUCACAUACAAAACAUCGUUGCUGCAUUUGCAGCCAAGGCAAAUGACAUUAACCAUCACAGAGCUUCGAGAUGACUACCCGGUGCGCCCAGAUCCAAAUUUCAAUCCGAACAUAUUUUCAGAAGACGAAGAAGACGUUUUUCAUCCUAGUGACAAUAAUUCACCUACUCAUACUAACAAUAAUAUUAGAAUGAAGUUUAAUCCAAAUAUUUUAAGUGAAAGAAUAAAUAAUACAAUUAAUAUAGGAAAUCAAUGUGACACAACAAACAAUAAUAUAAAUAACACAAAUCCGUCAAUAGCUAGAACUAAUUCUUAUGAAGAAUUCCCGUUUAUUGAUACUAAUGAAUUAAAUAAUUUAACAGAUAAUAUUUAUAAUAGUUCGCCGGUACGACACACAUCACAGUCGAGUGAUAGAAGAAUAAAUAACACUGCCAAUGUACCUAACAGACAUGCUAUAUCUCCUUUACGCUGUGAAAGUUCAGUACCAACUUUACAAUCACCAAAGAACGCCGUCGCACCGACUGAUAUUAUUUUCGAGAGGCCUUCUCCUCAAGCGGUUACUUGUGGUGGAAGAGGAGAUUUUUGUGUUGGCAGAACAGAUUACAGUGUCCGAUCAGAUAAUGUAUCUCUCAAAGGAAAUCUGUCCAAUAACGAACAUCAAAGCUUUAAUUUAAAUCUUAGUCUAGAACCUAGCAGACAAGUAACAAUAAAAAAGUGUGAUAAUCAUGUAGCGGAUAAUUGUCUUUCAAAAUUACGAAAAAAUAUAUGCAAUAGAGGAGAGUCUUCAUACGAUAUAAACACGAGAAUACUUAAAUCUUUUUGUAACAAAAGCUUCGAACAUGAAGUACAUCCCGACGCGAUGAGUAAAAAGACGGACACUUUAAAGAACUUACAGAAAAGCGAAGAUCUUAAAUUCAUUGAUGAAGAAACUCCAGCAGAAAGUAUCAGUAAUAUAAUAGAUAAACCUAGGGAAAUAAGAGUACAACGAACAACUACGGUGGUACCGAUAAGCCCAGUCUGUGCUAAUAUUCCCAUGUAUGACACCAUGACGCGUAGUUGCAGUGUUGGGUAUUUAGAUCUGGUUGAUCCGCAAGUUCUUCACGCACAUGUGAGCUUAUCUGCACUCAGAGGGGAACCUCCUCGCAGGUUAGUGCUGGUCAACAAUAAGCGUCAGCGGCGACCUAAAAAAUAUUUUAAAACAGAUCUGAAAACCGCCGAAGUAAAGACACCACUGCGAAAGUGCGGAAAAUCACGAAGUUUAGAUUCCAGCGAGUUGUCUAUAACAGCAGAUAAGGUGAAGAAGCAAUCAAAGACUGAUUUGAAUAAAGGGGAAGAAAUCAAUUCGAGUAUGGGUGAAGACAAUAGUGGAACGAGUGCGGAGGAGAGUGGAAAGAGUGUUACAGUUGGAAGAAGAUCUAGAAGAGAUUAUCCUGUUUGUACUGUGUGUCGGUUAGUGUCGCCAUAUGACAGGCGAGAGGUGCACGCGGAUUCAUAUGUGUGCGUAGCCUGCAGCACGCGCAUUACAACGUCGGCGCCGGCGCAGCCACAGUACACAGACAGCGACACCGACUACAGCAAGUAUUAUCGUUCCUUAGAACAGCUUGCAUUACGUCUGUUGGCUACACGCGGGAACAAGAAAAGCAGCAAUAACAGUAUCGUACGAGAGAGUAGUUCUGCGCCGGCGUCACCCCGCCCCGCGCGCUCGGCUCCCCGCCCCGCGCCCGCGUCCCCCGCGCCUACUCCGCGCAGGCAUCGAUACUCCUCUGCGUCACCUAUACGGCAGUUAUUAAAUUCACCGCUACUUAACCGAAGGAGAAACAAGAAACCGUCUGAGAGUUCUGAUGACGAGUAUCCGAGUGGUUACAGUGAGAUUAACAGCAAGAACUACAGGGACUUGGAAAGCUUCCAAAAGGCGCAACUCAGAAACAAAUUAAAACGUGGUGGUAUGAAUAUAACGUGUGGGACUGACAAACGAAGCUCGCGUCGUCAGCUCGUGAUGCACAACAAAGCGCCGAUGUGGAACGAGAACAGCCAGGUAUACCAGCUGGACUUCGGUGGACGAGUCACCCAGGAGUCCGCGAAGAACUUCCAGAUUGAGUACCACGGGAAACAGGUAAUGCAGUUUGGUCGGAUCGACGGCAACGCUUACACCCUGGACUUCCAGUACCCGUUCUCAGCGCUGCAAGCGUUUGCGGUCGCGCUCGCGAACGUCACGCAGAGGCUCAAAUGAGCCCUCGCCGUCACCUACAGCAAGCGACUGCGGUCGUACGGUUUCUAUAACCGCUGUGGGGCAUGAACGACAUGACAACUCAUAUCAACGCCAUGUUUCAAUACCGCCCGAUUCUAUACACACCAGCGACCACACAGGACUUCGACAAAUCCAAGCCGCCAAAAUAAUGCAGCAUACGCCAGUUUUUGCCGUAAUAACGUCUAUGUAACGUCUGUAUAACGUACGUAUAUCUGUACUAAUAUUAUAAAGAGGAAAAAUUUGAUUGUUUGUUUGUUUGAAUUGAAUAGGCUCCGAAACUACUGAACCGAUUUGAAAUAGUAGAUUGUUAACCGAGGGUCGAAAGAAUCAAUUCCCGAGGUAUUUAGACGCCCGAGCGCAGCGAGGUCGGCUAUAGUCCGAGUAGGAAUUGAUACUUUUAAUCGAGUUAAACACUCUACUUUUCAUUUUGAAUAUGAGGAAAAUAAAACUAGUUGUUUAUCUAAGCACAGAUUAGUAGUCUUUUUAAAUUUCAAAUAUGGAACUUACCGCGUAAUUGUUGCGGCUUAUUCCGCUCAAAGAAGUAUGCGCUAAGUUCACACUCACUGUUUAGAAAGUCACAUGGCCGCAGCAUUUUGUCUAAUUAGUUCUUUUUUACAUAAAACUCUUCACAGCAAUUCUAUUUUUAAGGUUCAUUCCGGCCCUUAUGUGGGAAGUAAUUUGUAUGAGUUUUUCCUUGUCUAUGGAGGGAAACAGCAUCCGAUCAAAACAACAUUACUUUCCGAGUAUGAGAAAUGAAAAAUUAUUUCACUGUUGGAAAGGUACACUAUUCCCGGGUGACAUAGGCUAUAUUAUAUUAUAAUUUUUUUUUGUUUAAAUUAUUAAAUACCCGUGUGUAGCCGGGGUAAACUGCUAGUAGUCUUAUAAUUCGAUAAACGCCGGCUGCACACACGAAAAAGUAUCGCGUUACGCCUGAGCCGUUCGUGCAAGCGAGAGCGGGGAACAAGCGAUAGAGAGACACGAUCGGCCUUUGCGUCCGGCUUGUGAGGCAUCUUGUUCUUUGAUUAUAAAAAAAAGUAGCAUCGGUCGGCGAUUGCAGUAGAUAAAAUUUGGUUAUGUUACAAUUUUGACUAAAAGUAUUAUUAUGACUCAUCUAAAUGAUCGAAUAAAACGAUGUUUUCUUAUGAUCUUAUCACGUAAACUUAUCGUCCGUAAACCGACUUUAUAGCCGAAACACAUCUUUGGAUUAGGUCAGUAGGGACCGUACCGAGUACGAUCCCGGACCAAUUGGUGCGUGGCGCUCACCCAUGCCCACUGGACCGCCCGAUGAUCCGGCCGUACCAAAUCCGAUCAUGUGUUUAGGCUAUUACAGACAACUUAUUUUUUUAUCAACAAAAUUUGUCUAAUAAAGACGGCGAACGAAAAACAUACUAAGCAAAACUGCUUCUCCUAUUUCGGGUCCAGUCCACCUCGACAUUCAGUUCGAUUGUCAAUACGCUACAAACCUUGUAGUAAUUAAGAUAAAACACUAGUGGCCAUUUUCCCAUACUAACGUUCUCGAUUCAUUUCUCUUUGGUUAACCCUAAACCAAAAGUACCUUCAUUUAAAAGACCAAUAUCAUAAUUAUCUGUGCAUCUCUAUUCUACUUUUUUUGAUAUUGUUGUUUUUGUAAGCGCUAGAAGUACUUGAAAAAGUGAAAACGGCGUUAUCGUAUAAGCCGCAAACACAGACCUAGUAUACUAAUCCGACAACAAUAAGCGAAAAUAUAAAAAAUUCCGACACAGAAUAUUUCCUUCUCAUUCAGCCUCUAAAAUUUCGUUAUAAUUGGUAAAUUUUGGAGGAGGAAUUUGUCGAGAGCGAAACCCUGAUUUUUGAGUUUUUUUACACACGAUUUUUAGUCGGAGCACCAGUUGUCCUUAUCGUACUAAUUGUGAUAGGCUCGCUUGCGUUAGCGCAACCGUAUAUUAUUUUAGAACUCUUAAAUCUGAAAAAGGCCUCAGCUAACUUAGUUGACGUAAGUACCAAUACCGUGCUUCGUGCGGUACUUCGUAUACCUAACACCGUUCAUUUUAUGUGCUGCAAAAAAAAUUACCGCAUUGCAUAUUAAUAUCUAAGUUUUAAUGAAAAAAGUUAAAAUAUUAUAAGAAUAAAUAAAUUCCUUACACCGAAAGAAACUUGUAUUCAUGGGCUGUGUGGUCGCUGACUUGUGUAAUAAUUAUUCAAUGUUUAUUUUUUUUUUAAAAAGAUGCAGUUUUGUGUCAUGGAUGAAAUAGGAUACGAUUUUCAGGAGAUCGGCAAAGUUUUUAUUCAGAUGUUUUUAUACGCUUUUUACACACCAUUUACAUUAAUCGCGAAUAAUAUUUUUUUGUAUUUUGUGUCGUUAUUUAAGCCACAAUUGGUUUGCAAAUAUAUGUAUAGGUAACUCUGACAUUAUUAUAUUCUGUGAUUAUAUUAUGAAUACUUAAAUAAUUAUUAAUAAGCUUCACGAAUAGCUGUACGUAUUUGCUAUCAGACUUAAAACCCACAAUUUUUAUGUUUAAUUGUUUACUAUUACUAUGCAGUUGCAUAAUUAUAUUUUACAGUAGUUUUGUUGAUUCUUAAUCAAUCAAUAAUUGAAUAAAACAGAGAAAAUGUUAACUGUGGUUAUAAAACCAGCUACAAACGUACCUUAGAUAAUUUAUACGUCUUGAUAGAGGCUUUUGCAGUUUAGACAGCCGAUGAAAACAGGCCAGGAUUAUUACUUUAGUGACAAGCUAGGUACGUCUUACACACGCAAUUUGUAUUUCACUUUGUGUGCGUGCAUUGAACAAAAUAGAGGUUAACAGUCAACCUCAAUUUUUUUCGAUGUUCACAGCUGUCAAGUUUAUCCAGAGUCGAGACGUAUAAAUGAUUUAACACGUCAUUACUUAAAUAAUAAACGUUUAUGUAGUUUAGUAGAAAAACGUAUUUUAAUUUAGGUGUUUGUGUGAUAAAAUAUGUUGAUUAUAGUAGAAUAUUAUUAUCUACAAAAUAUUUGAAGUUUUUUUUUUAUUAUAAUGAUACGAGCAUAAGGCGAUGCUGAAAAUAGCCGUGAUCAUACCAUUUCUGGUGAAACAGGACAAUCUCAUAUGUAUGUGUGUAGUGUAUAAUUUCGUUUUCCUUAAAUGUUAUUUAAUAGUUUGUCGUUUGAAUAUUUAUUCACCCAGAAUUGUAACUAAUUUGGUGUAUAGUUGAAUUAGGAACAAAUGUUUUAUAAAUACUUUGAUUUUUUAAUGUUAAUAAUAUCUUAUAUAAAUAGCUUAUAAUACCUGACCACAAUUCCCUUUUACAUAUUAAAUAACUGUUAGAAAAUCUUAUGUAGUUCGUAAGUGUAUUUGUCUAUAUUAAUAAUAGAAUAUUGGUUGUCGUGUAUAAACCCUAAGCGAUUCAUGCGUCUCUAUAAUCUAUAGCUAGAUUACAAUGGCCGUUUUGACACAUGUCAAUAUUGACGUCACAUGUAAAAUUUUAAAUAAAAGAAUCGUAGAGAACCACUUUUUUGAACCGAGAGAACGAAACCGAGCCAUAAACACUAAAAAUAUGUAGACGAAAAUCGGCCAUAGGAUAUUGUAACAACUUUAGUAAUAACUUAACUAGAAUUAUGUAUAAAAUCUAAAUGGGCGUCGUUUGAACAUCUAUUUUUGCACAACUAUCUAUUCUAACCUUAGAAUAUUUAUAUGUCUAGAAAGAGCCUCUUGUUGCUAGACAACCGAUGAAAACAGGCCAGGUUUACCAUUUUAGUGACAAGCUACGUCUUACACUCGUGAUUUAUACGUAACUUUGUGUUAGUGUGCGUGCAAUGCUCAAAAUAGAGG